UGUUACUCACCCGCCCCAUAGCACACAUAUGAUAUGUACGCGUGUUUAUGAACUCGCUUUGUGGAUCAUUGUAACGUCAGCAAUCUAAAUACCUUAUCGUUAUCUGAGAAGGUAUAAAGAUCAGAGUUGUGCUCACGGUCCGCACUAUAAAUACAGCGUCCGUCAGAUGACUUACUAACUGUGGGAGUGAAGCUUAAAUGUAACAAAUGCAUCUCUCACCUAGGAUACCUAUAAAUGCCCAUAAACUCGCAGCACGACUAGCACCUCACUAAGCCAGCCACCAUGUCGACCGCUCCAGACAAGUUUGCCCCGUUCGCUAUCUCAACGCAUACUUACAAGACCGUUGAUGGACAUCCUAUUCUCCUUGAUGUAAUGAUUCCGAAGAAGCUCGUUGAAGCAGGGCCGGGAUCUGCCGAAUGGAAGGUGAAGCGUCCAAUACUGUUGAAUUUCCACCCGGGCUGGCUGAUCGGAGGUCAACGUGAUUUCCAGCCGUGGUGGUCUCAAUGGCUCAUUGACCUGAUAAUAAAAAAUGGUGCUAUCGCCGUUAGUCCAGACCACAGGUUGAUCCCUGAGGCGACAUGUGAGGACGUCCUGGAUGAUAUACACGAUUCGUGGGAAUGGGUCGUUGGGAAUCUUGGCAAAGUCGUGGAGUCAGCACAUCGAGGUCUCCAGCCGGAUUUGAGCAGGAUACUCCUGGCAGGCGGAAGUGCCGGAGGAUAUUGCGCAUUCCAAAUUGGACUCACGUAUCACAAGUCCAGUAAAGAAGUUACUUCACCUGACGAGCCAAAGCCGCGCGCAGUCAUCGCGAUAUAUCCAUAUAUUUCUAUCCGCACUCCACACUGGACGCAGGCGUACGAAAAGAAUAUUUUCGGUAUUCCGCAGCUUCCCGUGUCAAUGGUUGAUGAUCACCUGGCUUCCAUUGCCGCAGAACGUGAAAAGACGGGAAAGCAGCCGGUAUUAACGAGCGUGCCAAUGUUGAAACCUUCAGGAGAGUUCGCUGACCGUGCCCUAUUUGCAACUUGUGCUGAACAGCAUGGUCGUAUUCUUGAACUGUUCGGUCCAGAACGUGAUACUACUCCAGGAAAACGGCGAAUGCAUCCGGAAGAUAGGAUCAUUGAUGGGCGCGUACUUCCUCCGACUAUUAUUGUACAAGGUUCGGACGACUCGAUUUCGCCAGUGGGAGGAGCUGACUUAUUCGUCGAGCACCUGCGGAACUACAAGGCUAUCGAUGGAUGGGCGGAAGGAAAAGACGAGAAAGAAGUGUUGAGAUACUACAGAGUACCAGGAGAACAUUUGUUCGAUACUGAACUCACACUACACGGGGAAACGCAGGACUGGGUGAAAGAUGCAGGAUCCUUCAUUGAGAAAAGCUGGUUGUGAUUGGCAAAACCGUCCAGUUCAGAGAAAUAUGUUUUGAUCUCAUGUACUUGUCAAGCUAAAUGUCAACCACUCAAA